AUGGAUUCUCCUGCUCUUGGGUUCUCUGUUAGUACUGCAGCCAUGCAGCCUGCUUCAACCGGCUUAAGCUUCCACCAACUUUAUCGACGCAGGCAGAGAGUCACGGCUUUGAACCUUUCCUACCUGUGUCUCCAAGCAACCAUUUCUCCUCGUAUCGGCAACCUUUCUUUCCUAGUCUUGCUCGAUCUUUCCAACAACAGUUUCUCUGGUUUUCUCCCUCAUGAAAUCAGGAGUCUACGUCGCUUGAGAAUCCUCCGAUUGUCAUUCAACAAAUUGGAAGGACGCAUCCCACCAAGUAUACAUCAAUGCCGGGAGCUUCGCCGAGUAUAUCUUCGUGGGAACUAUCUUACGGGUGCAAUUCCAUCGUCAUUCAGAAACAUGUCGUCGUUAGAGCUCUUGAAUUUGGAAGGCAAUAGCUUAAGCGGUCCAGUUGCUUUAGGCAUCUUCAACAUAUCUUCUCUAAUCGUAAUUGCUCUUACAGAUAAUCACCUCUCAGGAAAUCUUCCAACGAAUCUGUACAGCCACUGUCCUAAUCUUCAAGGACUUUAUCUUUCGUCCAAUGAAUUCAGCGGUCAGCUUCCUUCACAACUGAAUCUCUCAUGUAGAGAGCUUGUAAUCCUAUCUCUGUCAUACAAUAAGUUCAACGGAAGCAUUGCCGAAGGUUUUGGGAGUUUAGAAAAGCUUGAAGUGCUACACCUCGGAGGCCGGAGGCACAGCAACAACAUAACUGGUAAUAUACCUACUACCAUAAGUAACUUGUCGAGGUUACAAGAGCCUUUCCAUUCCCGUAACCACAUUAAAGGAAGCAUUCCAAAUUCUGAGCUUUCUUGUCCUAAUCUUGAACUUCUGUUGGCUGCUGGCAAUAGCCUUAGCGGCCAUAUCCCAUACUAUCUUUCAAAUUGUUUCAAGCUCAUCUAUCUAGAUUUCAGCGCAAACUUAUUUUCUGGACCAAUACCAAAGUGUUUCGGAACCUUGGAAGACCUCCAAGUACUUUCAUUGGAUGGCAAUAAGCUAACAGGAAAAUCUGGAGAUCAAGUGCUUAGCUUCCUUUCAACUUUAUCUAAUUGUAGAUUUUUGGAACGGCUGACUAUGUCCUUCAAUCCCUUGAACAUUAUAAUUCCAGAUUCAGUAGGAAACUUUUCUGCUUCACUAAAAACAAUAGAUGCAUCUCAAAGCCAACUAAAGGGUCAUAUUCCUAUGGGAAUCAGUUCCUUGAAAGGCUUGACCUUCCUCGAUUUGAGUAACAAUAAUUUGAGUGGAAGCAUACCAUCAACACUAGGAGGAAUUGAGGGCUUGCAAAGAUUGUAUCUUCGAGAUAACAAGCUUGAAGGAAUCAUUCCUGAUGACCUAUGUCAGUUAAGGAAUCUGGGAGAAUUAUUUCUCUCAAAUAACAAAAUCUCUGGAUCCAUUCCCAAUUGUUAA